AUGUCAACCGAAAUCCCCUUUACAGCAAACCACACUCAACAACCCUUCAAACUCCUCGAACUACCCCCGGAACUCCUCACCCUUCUAGAAUCCGAUCUUCCUCCCACCCUCCUCCUAACCUCCUCCCCCAAACCCCCACACCACGCACACCUCCUCGUAUCUCCCUCUUCCUCUUCCGCCUGCACCUCCACCUCCACCAAAAAAACCUACCUCCUCCGCCAAAAAAAUACUUCCAAUCCGCUGAUGCUUCUCUCUCCCUCCUCUACUCAACAUUCUUCUUCCACGGAAUCCUCCACCCCCAAAACUCAACCAAGCAUCACGAGAAUAGGAAGUAUAUCCGACACCAUCGAACUCAUCGAAAAAGAAGAACUCAACAGAGAAGAAAACGAUAAAGAAAAAGAACCCGAUGUUACGAAAAAGACAAGCACGGGAAAAGUAAAUAAAUGGCAUGAGAAAUUCGCUAAGAGUAGAGGGAAUGGUACUAAUACGAAUAUGAAAGGUUGA